AUGGAAAAUUACGGGCAGCGAAUGAAAACGGGCUACACAAAAAUUCCCGCUAGAGAUGCUGCCCAAGGUUGUCUGCUGUUGCUGCUGCUGAGCACAGUGCAGGCUCAGAAUAAGGAUAAGGAGGACUUUACCUGCCCCACGUCCGUUGGCAAUGGCAACUUUGCCGAUCCGGCAACCUGUCGCCGCUUCUAUCAGUGCGUCGAUGGUUAUCCCUAUUUGAAUCGUUGUCCCUCUGGGCUCUACUUUGAUGAUUUGCAAAAGUUUUGCACGUUCAAGGAUGAAGCCAAGUGCGGUCCAUUGCCAACAACACCUGCACCGGCAACGGAUGCGCCCGCCGACACCGCCCAACGCUGCAAUACGGAAGAAUGCAAGCUGCCGUACUGUUUCUGCUCCAAGGACGGCACCCAAAUACCCGGCGGACUGGAGAUGGAAAAGGUUCCUCAAAUUAUUAUGUUAACCUUCGAUGGCGCUGUCAAUUUGAAUAACUAUCAUCAUUAUCAAAAGAUUUUCAAUGGCAAACGCAAGAAUCCAAAUGGUUGCAAUAUUCGUGGCACUUUCUUCUUAUCGCAUGAGUACAGCAACUAUCAACAAAUACAGCAUCUGGGCUAUGCCGGUCACGAAAUUGGCACAGAGAGCAUCUCACAGCAGCUGGGACUGCAGGAUAAGGGCUACGAGGAGUGGGUGGGCGAAAUGAUUGGCAUGCGUGAAAUUCUCCGUCAUUUUGCCAAUGUGUCCGCCAACGAUGUGGUUGGCAUGCGUGCCCCAUUCCUCAAACCAGGACGUAAUACACAAUACAAGGUGCUGGAAGACUUUGGCUACAUCUACGAUAGCUCCAUUACCGUUCCACCCGUAGACGUGCCCGUUUGGCCCUAUACGCUCGACUUUAAGAUCUCGCACGAAUGCAAGAGCGGCACCUGCCCCUCACGCACCUUCCCCGGCGUCUGGGAGGUGCCAUUGAAUACGCACUAUGUUGAUGGCUUCGAGGGCGGCCACUGCCCCUACAUGGAUCAGUGUGUCCUACACAAUCUCGAUGAGAAGGAGGUCUUCGAAUGGCUCCAAGAGGAUUUCUCACGCUACUACGGACAGAACAAGGCGCCCUACAUGAUGCCCUUCCACACCAACUGGUUCCAGACCAAGCCCUUGGAGAAUGGACUGCAUAAAUUCAUUGACUGGGCUCUCGAAUUACCCGACGUCUAUGUGCUGACCGUAACACAGAUGUUGCAAUAUAUGACCGACCCCAAGGAGCUGCGCGAUGUCAACCAGAUCGAGGCAUGGAAAUGCGAUAAGAACAUUGCUGUGGCACCAAAGCCUUGCAACAUUUGGCAAACAUGUGCGCUGCCCUUCAAGAUACCCGAACAGAACAUAACCGACACACGCUAUAUGGAAACAUGUCGCGAGUGCCCCAAUGUCUAUCCCUGGCUGGGCGAUGCCGGCGGCACAGGAGUUCAGGGACGCGACAGUUAUAUUUUCGGACCCGAUGGAGACCAAACUCAAGAGGAAGAAACUGAUGGCGCCAAGCGAAAGUAACAAACAUAAACCGAUAGAGAGAUAGAGAGAGAGAGAGAAAGAUAUUUUUUCCAAAAUUUGCAUUUCUUUUCAUUUUUUGCCUCUCAAUUUUGUUCAACUUUGUGUGCCGCUUUUUUUUACAUAGUUUGUAAGCGAAAUUAUGUCCAACUGUUCUUAGCCUUAAGCCUCUACAAAUAUGUACGAAUAAAUCAACAAAUUUUAUAAAAAAAAAAAAAAAAAA